CAAACUGAACUGUGCUGUUCCUCCUCUGGCAUCCAAGAGAAUACUGAGCAGCUCUCCACUCAUCCUCCUGACUAACUAUUCUAGAGCUAUCCUGUGGAUUCUCUGUAGAACCAGUCAAGAUACACAUUGUGACAAUGAAGGCAGCAAUUGUUUUCUUCCUGCUCUUUGCAACGGUCCUCUGUCGCCCGGCGAUACGAUCGCCCAGCAACAGUUCAGAGAGCUCAGAGGAAGUGGUAAAACCAGCUCCAGUGCUUGGGAUAGCCCCAGCAGAACUUACCGAGAUUGCCCCUGUACAGAAUGUGGAUGCUGCUACAACAUCAGACGAGAGCUCCGACGAAGAUGAAACAGAAGGAGCUGAUCCUACAUCAGAUCCAACAUCGGACAGCACAACAUCAACAGACAGCGAUGAAAGCGAGGACAGCGCAGACAGUGCAGACAGCGAUGAUACAGACGAGUCCAGUGAGUCAGAGGAGGCAGACACCACCGCUGCCCCUCCUACAGCUGAGCCCAUCGUAGAGCCCACCCUGGCCCCCAUCUACGACGACGGACGCGGAGACAGCCUGGGUUACCCCAGCGACUACAAGAAGUCUAUCAUCUAUAUAGAUACUGACAACAUCGAGAAGGGACCCUCCCCUUACAAAUCCCAUGGAAAGAUGGAUGAGGGGAUGUAUGCUGGCAAGAAGGUAUCCGUCAAUGACACCGGGCUCGGAAACGAGAUUGAGAAAACGAUGACAGUGUUCAAGGCCCUGCAGGUGCAUGAUUUGAUGGAGGACACCAGCACCCCCGAGGUGGAGAGCCAGGGUCUGGAUGCCUCCAGUGUGAAAGCCGAGGAGCCCAGCCUGCGCCAGGUGCAUGUCGACAAAGCCAGCCAGGACAGGACCCCCUCUGAGCGCACCAGUAGCGCUAGCAGCGACGGUACCAGCGAGAGCACCAGCACCAGCGCCAGUAAUGAGACUGACAGCAGCAACAGCAGUGAGGAGGCUACAGCCAAGCCCGGGGCAGCAGACAGCGACUCAACAGAGAGCAAUGAGAGCCAUGACAGUGACAGCGACUCGGCUGAGGAGGCGGCCACAGAGGCUACCGUCACUACCGACGCUCCCGUCGUCAUCACAGCCAAGUAAAGGCCUGUCUUUCUCCUCCUGCUGCUGUCGACAGUGAAGAAUGCUACUAGGACCUGGAAGGUGCUCUAUGACCCGGCCUUAGGAGGAUAGGUCAGAACGGAAAGGAUAACGAAGAAAGAGAUAAGCACAACUCAGGGCCCUUAGGGUCUGAUACAGUACGACAAUAAUACCUGAUAAGAUUCAUACUAGCUAUCUCAUCAUGGCAUAUAGAACGGUCAAUUAUUGUUCAAUUGCACAAUUAUUUACACUACAUGUUGUUUGUCCCAUUUUUACUGUAAUGUAUAACGUUGUAUCAUUUCUAAAUACAUACAUUCU